AUGGGAUCGACGCGUUCUACGGGCGCACACUUUACUUCAGUGCUAGCCCCAGCGCAGGAGAUCAUCAGAUCGCAGCCCCGUCUGCAACCCUCACCGCUACCACUUCAACCUAUUGAGAACUCGUCUUUUCGUCCCGGCCCGCACAGGCCAUCGCCGACGAAAGGACUUCACUCCCAGGGCUCGCAUCCGGGUCACGGAAAACUUGGUUUCGUCCCCAUCUCUGCUCCCACUCCUCCCAUGUUCACCACCGACUCCCCGGCCAAGAAAGCGCCUUUCCCUAUAUACUCUCAAUCCUCCAUGCCACACUCUGCUCUUUUCACCACCUUCUCCAGUAUCAAUCACGAAGCAAAAGAAAACUUCUCAGAAGAACCGUCCAAUGACAGUUUCGCCGAUUUCCCAGAACCCUCUUAUGACUCCAAACUUCCCAUGAAACGCACCCUUAUGGAAGCUGCGCCGCUCAAGGAGCGCUCCAACAAGAAGCAAAAGCGCGACGACGCGCCGGUCGCCUAUCUCCCAGACCCCCACGACAUGCCGCCUGUGGACGAUGAUGGGUCGAAGCCCCCAUAUAGCUACGCCACCUUGAUCGGCAUGUCCAUUUUGCGCGCCAACAAUCGGCGUUUGACAUUGGCUCAGAUUUACAAGUGGAUCUCCGACACGUUCUCAUACUAUAAGAACAGCGACCCAGGCUGGCAAAACAGCAUUCGUCAUAAUCUGAGUCUCAACAAGGCGUUCAUCAAGCAGGAGCGACCCAAAGAUGACCCUGGCAAGGGCAACUACUGGGCCAUUGAGCCUGGCAUGGAGACCCAAUUCCUCAAGGACAAGCAAGUGCGCCGCGCUACCAUGUCCAGUCUUCCUCUCCCCGCCGCUCCUCAAAGGGAUCUUGUUCCAUCGCAAAGCGGCAGCACCACCACAUGGAUGGUACCGCCACCCCUUGCUCAUCACGCGCCUUCCCACCAUGUGCCUGCCCCUAGGCCGGUUCAAAAUGAUUUGUCUUCGGAUGCUACUCUACCUGCUUCUGACCCUGCCCUCCAAGAUGAUGCGGAUGAAGUGAUCCCGGUUCCUGUACCACGCGCGGUGCCUCGAUCAUCGCCGCCACAGACUAUUCGCUCCUCUCCGCCCAUUGCUCCUCCUCGCUUCGCCCGUCAGGGAACCCCUCCAACACCCACUCAGUUUGGCCCGACUCCUGCGCCUCGCCCGCGAAAGCGCAAGUCAAUCACCCUAAACGAUAGUGGAUACUUCUCGUCUUUGGAAUCAUCGGCUUUGCGGCCUAACAAGGCCGGACACAUCCUCACAUCUGACCUAGAUAUCGAGCCGCCGCGCAUCAAACGCGGUCGUGCAGAAGAAGAGAUUGCGCGCAUGCGCAGCUCAUCUCACGAUAUCAGCCCUGGCCAGCCUGCAGUGCGCAAGCAUCCCAAUCCCACAGUUGGUUCGUCUCCUCUCCGCAGCCAAUACAUCAGCAUGCAGCCACCUCCCUUGACUCCAAUCAUCAAGUUCAAGAAGCCUGCCAAGCCUCCUCCAUCGGUGUCUCCCAAUACAAACCUGCGCAACCAUCGUCGGAAGAUUCAGCAAAUGGUCAAUUCUCCCAUUAAGCAUUUGGGCCUGUCUGAAGACAUUCUUCCCUGGAGCCCAGCCUUCAACCUGCAGGACGAGUCUUAUACUCCCCAUGACCAUUUCUCCACGACCUUCGACGUCUUUGCGGAUUCAGGAUCAGCCCACGUCUCUUAUGGGUCACCGGAGAAACGUUCGGUGAAACGCCCACGUAACGAUAGUGGCACCACCGCUCUCUCGGACAUCACAUCUGUGAACGUCAACAGCAGACUUGGGUUACCUCCACUACAAAGAUCCAAGUCUGCCAUGUUCCCUGAGUCACCGUCCAAGCUUCCGGAACCCAACCGCUUCGGCGAUUCUGGCCAGGAAGAUUUCUUCUCGUUCCACCUCUUCGAUGAGAGCAAUGAUAGCCCCAGCGAAGUCGACGGCAUCGACCUCCUGCAGGGCUUCCAAAAAAUUGGUGGAAUGAGCAAAGAUGAUACCUUGAAGCCCAAAACCCUUCACGCGCGACCCCAAAUGGGCCACCGCAGCAAUACGACCUUGUUUUAA